AUGGGUCAUUCUUUGUUCAACUUCAUCCUCUUCAUCUUCCUAUUGUCAUUAGCACAUUCUAGAAACACACCACACAAUGCCAAAACAACAUUACUUGAUGUUGUUUCUUCCAUUCAAAAAACAUAUCAAGUUCUUAAUUUUAACCCAAACCUUAAACAACAACAAAACGGUUCUUCUUUUUCUUCAUCAUCACCUUUUUCUAUGCAACUUCAUUCACGAGCUUCCAUUCAUAAACUUUCACAUUCUAACUACAAAUCUCUAACAUUAUCCAGACUCACCCGCGACUCAGCCCGAGUCAACUCCAUACUAACUCAGCUAGAUCCAAAUUUCAACCCACAGAAGCUCUCCGGACCCAUCAUCUCCGGAACGAGUCAAGGAAGCGGCGAGUAUUUCUCCAGAAUCGGAAUCGGUGAGCCACCGAGUCAAGCCUACGUAGUUCUCGACACAGGCAGCGACAUAAGCUGGGUGCAAUGCGCACCCUGCGCCGACUGCUACCGUCAAGCCGACCCUAUUUUUGAACCAUCUUCAUCGGCUUCUUACACGCCAAUCACUUGUCAAGCCAAUCAAUGCAAAUGGCUCGACCAAUCUCAAUGUCACAACGGUCAAUGUCUCUAUGAAGUCUCCUACGGCGACGGCUCAUACACCGUCGGCGACUUUGUCACAGAAACGGUUACAAUCGGCGCGACUUCCGUGAACAAUAUCGCCAUCGGCUGCGGUCAUAACAACGAAGGCUUAUUCGUCGGUGCAGCCGGUUUACUCGGCUUAGGCGGCGGCCCACUUUCUUUUCCGGCUCAGCUUAAUUCAACUUCGUUUUCAUAUUGUCUCGUUGAUCGUGACUCUGAUUUAGUCUCAACGCUAGAGUUUGAUUCUCCGUUAUCUCGUAACGCCGUUACAGCUCCGCUAAAGCGUAAUCCUGAGAUGAACACUUUCUACUUUGUGGGACUCGUCGGAAUAAGCGUCGGCGGGGAGUUACUUCCGAUUCCGGAAAGUAGUUUUAUGGUGGAUACUACGGAGGGUGGAGGGGUUAUAGUUGACUCCGGCACGGCGGUGACACGGUUGCGGAGCGAUGUUUAUGAUGUUGUACGCGACGCGUUUUUGAGGGGGACGAGGGAUUUACCGGCGGCGAACGACGUGUCGUUGUUUGAUACUUGUUAUGAUUUGUCGUUGAGGUCGAGUGUGGAGGUUCCGACGGUGGCGUUUCAUUUUGGGGAAGGGAAGGUUUUGGUGUUACCGGCGAAGAAUUACCUGGUACCGGUUGAUUCGGUGGGGACGUUUUGUUUUGCGUUUGCUCCAACGAUGGGGUCGUUGUCGAUUAUUGGGAAUAUUCAGCAGCAAGGGACACGUGUGAGUUUUGAUCUUGUUAAGUCUGUGAUUGGGUUUUCACCUAAUAGUUGUUGA